CGAGUCCGAGGCCGCUCUUCCGGCUUUGCGCUGCCUCCGCUCCUGUCUUCCGGUGUUCGAUGGAGACGCAGUAGUAAUGUCGGCGAAAGGGGCUAUGCCGAGAGGCUUCUAUUUUAACACGGUGUUGUCCCUCGCUCGGUCUCUGGCCGCACACACACCGGCUCCGCUCGACAAGGUGCAGAAGCUGCAAUGCAUGUGUCCCGUGGACGUGCGAGGCGUCUUCCAGCUGGACGAGCGGCGCAGGGACGCUGUCAUUGCGCUCGGAGUGUUUCUGCUGGAGUCUGAGCUGCAGGUGACACGUGACCACAAGGAGUUCCUGGUGCCCUACCUGCUGGGUCUCCUGAAAGGACUUCCUCGCGUCCAGUGGAUCGAGGAGGGCUCGGCAAGGAAAGGAAAGGAUGUCCUCCCGGUGGCAGAGAACUUCACUUUUUGUUUGCUGACGUUGCUGUCGGACGUGGCCCAGAGAGACGCGUCUUCCAGGGGCCAGAUUUUGGAAGCUGUCAUCAGUGUUAUGCAGACAUUGCUUGAGAUGUGCCAGGCGCCAGAGAAUCACGAUAAAGAAUACCUGUGCAAGUACACCAUUCCUUGUCUGCUGGGUGUGGCCAGAGCCUUUGGUCGCUACAGCAACACAGACGAGUCUUUACUGUCCAAGCUCUUCCCCCGGGGGGCGCCGCAGGCCCUGCGGGUGACUGAUGAGUUGGAGGGUGUGCGGCGGCGUUCCUUCAAUGACUUCCGCUCCAUCCUUCCCAGCUCCCUUCUCACAGCGUGCCAGAGUGACACGCUCCGCCGCAAGACAGGCAGCGCAUCAAGCCUCUCCCAGCUCAGUCCAGAACGAAGAGGCCCGUCUCCCAUUUCCCCGACUGGACUGCCUGCACAGUAUUUUGAAGGAACCUAUCUUCCUGAUGGCAGUGCCUUGGAUCCCGAUUACUACUUCUCCACCAUCAGCUCGAGCUUCUCUGUCUCUCCGCUCUUCACGGGUAGCAGCAGCAAGGAAUUCGAUAUCCCUCUGGGCGUGCUCAGACUGCUGCUGCACAUGGUGAGACAGUUUGUUUCCGAACCUUUUCUGAAGACCCUGGAUGCAACCAUGGCAGAUGUUAUGGCGGCGAAUCUCAACGUUGAUUUGCACUACAAAACCUUCAGUGACCCUCUGUAUGUGGACAUGUUUAAAAUGCUAAGGGAUACCCUGUAUUAUAUGAAAGACCUUCCCACCGCUUUUGUGAAGGAGGUGCAUGACUUUGUGCUGGAGCAGUUCAGCAGCAGUCAGUCAGAACUGCAGAAGAUCCUGCACGAUGUGGAGCGUCUCAAUAACGAGCUGAGCCCCCUGAAGCUGCGCUGCCAGGCCAGCGCUGCCUGUGUCGACCUCAUGGUGUGGGCUGUCAGGGACGAGCAAGGUGCUGAGAAUCUCUGUACCAAGCUGUCUGAGAAACUCCAGUCCAAGACCUCUAGCAAAGUUAUCAUCGCCCACAUGCCUCUGCUCAUCUGCUGUCUGCAGGGUUUGGGGCGACUGUGCGAACGCUUCCCUGUUGUGGCCCACUCUGUGACCAUGUCUCUGCGAGACUUCCUGGUGGUGCCCUCACCUGUGCUGGUGAAACUCUACAAGUAUCACAGCCAGUAUAGUACAGGGACAGGAGAGAUCAAGAUCAGCGUGACCAACGAGCACUCGCAGUCUACCCUCAACCUGCUGUCUAACAAGAAAGGUCAGCCCUCCAUGUACGAGCAGCUGAGGGACAUCUCCAUUGACAACAUUUGCAGGUGCUUAAAGGCAGGACUGACCAUCGAUCCAGUGAUUGUUGAGGCCUUCCUGGCCAGCCUGUCCAACCGCCUGUAUAUCUCCCAGGAAAAUGACAAGGAAGCUCACCUGAUCCCAGACCACACAAUCCGAGCACUGGGCCACAUUGCUGUGGCACUGAGGGACAUGCCUCGUGUGAUGGAGCCCAUCUUACAGAUCCUACAGCAGAAGUUCUGCCAGCCCCCCUCCCAGCUGGAUGUGCUUAUUGUGGACCAGUUAGGCUGCAUGGUCAUCACUGGCAAUCAAUACAUCUACCAGGAAGUGUGGAACCUCUUUCAGCAGAUUAGUGUGAAGGCCAGCUCAGUAGUUUACUCUGCCACCAAAGACUACAAAGACCAUGGAUACAGGCACUGUUCUCUGGCUGUGAUCAAUGCCCUGGCCAACAUCGCCGCCAACCUUCAGGGGGAGCAGAUGGUGGAUGAGCUGCUGGUCAACCUGCUUGAGCUGUUCGUGCAGCUCGGCUUGGAGGGAAAGCGUGCCAGUGAACGGGCCAGCGACAAGGGUCCCGCUCUCAAGGCCUCAAGUAGUGCGGGGAACCUAGGAGUGCUUAUUCCUGUUAUCGCUGUGCUGACCAGACGUCUGCCGCCGAUCAAGGAGGCAAGGCCCAGGCUACAGAAGCUCUUCAGGGACUUCUGGCUUUACUCUGUGGUGAUGGGGUUUGCUGUGGAAGGUUCAGGUCUGUGGCCAGAGGAGUGGUACGAGGGAGUAUGUGAGAUUGCCACCAAGUCGCCCCUCCUGACCUUCCCGAGCGGGGAGCCCCUGAGGUCAGAACUGCAGUACAAUUCCGCCCUGAAGAAUGACACCGUCACCCCGGCGGAGCUUAAUGAUUUAAGGAGCACCAUUAUCAACCUGCUGGACCCCCCUCCUGAGGUGGGAGCACUCAUCAACAAGCUGGACUUCGCCAUGUCCACCUACCUGCUGUCUGUUUAUCGGCUGGAGUACAUGAGGGUGCUGCGUUCUGUUGACCCUGACCGUUUCCAGGUGAUGUUCCGCUAUUUUGAGGACAAAGCCAUCCAGAAGGAUAAGUCAGGGAUGAUGCAGUGUGUCAUAGCAGUUGGCGACAAGGUUUUUGAAGUCUUCCUCCAAAUGAUGGCUGAAAAAUCCAAAACCAAGGAGCACGAGGAAGAGCUGGAGCGCCAUGCCCAGUUCCUCCUGGUGAACUUCAACCACACCCACAAGAGAAUCCGCAGGGUGGCCGACAAGUACCUGUCUGGCCUGGCCGAAACGUUCCCUCACCUACUGUGGAGUGGCAGAGUGCUGAAGACCAUGCUGGACAUCCUCCAGACUCUCUCCUUGUCCUUGAGCGCUGACAUCCACAAGGACCAACCUUACUAUGACAUUCCAGACACGCCUUACAGAAUCACAGUGCCAGACACUUAUGAAGCAAGAGAGAGCAUAGUUAAAGACUUUGCGGCUCGCUGUGGGGAGAUCCUAAAGGAGGCGAUGAAAUGGGCAUCCUCUGUCACCAAGUCCCACCUCCAGGAGUACCUGAACAAGCACCAGAACUGGGUCUCGGGUCUGUCGCAGCACACAGGCCUGGCCAUGGCCACUGAGAGCAUCCUGCACUUCACUGGGUACAACCGCCAGAGUACCACGCUUGGGGCCACGCAGCUCACCGAAAGGCCGGCCUGCGUCAAGAAGGACUAUUCCAACUUCAUGGCCUCCCUCAACCUUCGCAAUCGCUACGCAGGAGAAGUCGCAGGGAUGAUCCAAUUCUCAGAGGCCACACGUAGCACCUCAGACCUCAACAAACUGACGAUCCUCCAGAUGGACGAGGCUCUAGAGGCAGGCAAACCCGAGGACUUCACCCAGGCCAUGUUCAAGCUUACCGCCCUGCUCAUCAGCAGCAAAGACUGUGACCCCCAGCUGCUACACCACUUGUGUUGGGCUCCCCUGAGGAUGUUCACAGAGCAUGGUAUGGAGGCCACCAUUGCUUGCUGGGAGUGGUUCCUGGCGGCCAGGAGCAGCAUGGAAGUCCCGUUCAUGCGCGAGAUGGCAGGGGCCUGGCAGAUGACGGUGGAGCUCAAGAUGGGCCUGUUCUCCGAAGCGAGGGUAGAGGCCGACCCCCUGGCCGCGUCUGAGGAAAGCCAGCCGAUGCCGUGCCCCCCUGAAGUCACUCCCCACUUUAUCUGGAUAGAGUUUCUCGUGCAGCGAUUUGAAAUCGCCAAAUACUGCAGCGCCGACCAGGUGGAGAUCUUUGCGGGCCUCCUUCAGCGCUCUCUGUCCCUCACCGUGGGGGGUCACAAAAGCAGUCUGAACCGCCACGUAGCGGCAAUCGGGCCGCGAUUCAGACUCCUUACACUUGGCCUUGCCCUUCUCCAUGCCGACGUGGUCACCAACGCCACCAUCCGCAACGUCCUGCGGGAGAAGAUCUACUCCACUGCCUUUGACUACUUCAGUGUCUCUGCCAAGUUUCCCACCCAGGGUGAGAAACGGCUCCGUGAGGACAUCAGCAUCAUGAUCAAGUUCUAUGCCAGCAUGCUGUCAGACAAGAAGUACCUGACUGCCAACCAGCUGGUGCCUCCUGACAACCAGGAAGUGUCGGUGAACAGCCUCUCGGUCAUGACUGUCACCGACUCCAGGAACAGCCUGGACGUUGCCGUCGGCCCCCGUCAGCAAACCACGCAGGGCUGGAUCAACACGUACCCCCUGUCCAGCGGCAUGUCCACCAUCUCCAAGAAGUCCGGGAUGUCUAAGAAGAGCAACAGAGGAACCCAACUCCAUAAGUACUACAUGAAACGCCGGACAUUGUUGCUGGCUCUGCUGGCUAGUGAAAUCGAGCGACUGACCACGUGGUACAACCCUCUGUCGGCGCAAGAGCUCACCAUCUCCACGGAACAGUCCGUGGAGACCAGCAUCGCCAACUGGAGGUCCAAGUACAUCAACCUGAGCGAGAAGCAGUGGAAGGACAAUGUCAACCUGGCCUGGAGCAUCUCGCCUUACCUUGCUUUGCAACUGCCUGCCAGGUUCAAGAACACGGAGGCGAUCGUCAAUGAGGUGACCCGCCUGGUGCGCCUGGACCCUGGUGCCGUCAGUGAUGUUCCCGAGGCAGUAAAGUUCCUUGUCACCUGGCACACGAUUGACGCAGACUCGCCAGAGCUCACCCACAUCCUGUGCUGGGCCCCAGCCGACCCCCCCACUGGGCUCUCCUACUUCUCCAGCAUGUACCCCCCCCACCCCCUCACUGCCCAGUAUGGUGUCAAAGUGCUCCGCUCGUUCCCGCCGGAUGCAAUUUUAUUCUACAUUCCUCAAAUCGUUCAGGCACUUCGGUAUGACAAGAUGGGCUAUGUGAGGGAGUACAUCCUGUGGGCAGCACAGAAAUCUCAGCUGCUGGCCCACCAGUUCAUCUGGAACAUGAAGACCAACAUCUUCAUGGAUGAGGAAGGCCACCAGAAAGACCCUGACAUCGGCGAGUUACUGGAGCAGAUGGUGGAGGAGAUCACCAGGUCCCUUUCAGGCCCUGCUAAGGACUUCUACCAGCGAGAGUUUGACUUCUUCAACAAGAUCACCAACGUUUCUGCCAUCAUAAAGCCGGUCCCUAAAGGAGAUGAGAGAAAAAGGGCCUGUUUAAAAGCCCUGUCUGACAUCAGAGUUCAGCCAGGCUGCUACUUGCCCAGUAACCCAGAAGCCAUUGUGCUCGACAUCGACUACAAGUCCGGUACACCAAUGCAGAGUGCUGCUAAAGCCCCAUACCUGGCCAAGUUCAAGGUGAAGCGCUGUGGAGUCAGUGAGCUGGAGAAGGAAGGGCUGAGCUGCCGUUCUGACUCCCUGGAAGAGAUGGAGGAUGGCGAGGGGAUGAAACGAGUCUGCUGGCAAGCUGCCAUUUUCAAAGUGGGAGACGACUGCAGACAGGACAUGUUGGCCCUUCAGAUCAUCGGUCUUUUCAAGAACAUCUUCCAGUUAGUUGGCCUGGACCUGUUUGUGUUUCCCUACAGGGUGGUGGCCACGGCCCCAGGAUGUGGAGUCAUUGAGUGCAUCCCAGACUGCAAGUCCCGGGACCAGCUGGGCCGACAGACUGAUUUUGGGAUGUAUGACUACUUCCGGAACCAGUAUGGAGACGAAUCCACCCUUGCUUUUCAAAAGGCUCGCUACAACUUCAUCCGCAGCAUGGCAGCCUACAGCCUGCUGCUCUUUCUGCUGCAGAUCAAGGACAGGCACAACGGAAACAUCAUGCUGGACAGCAAGGGCCACCUCAUCCACAUAGACUUUGGCUUCAUGUUUGAGAGCUCUCCUGGAGGGAACCUUGGCUGGGAACCAGACAUCAAGUUGACAGAUGAGAUGGUGAUGAUCAUGGGUGGCAAGAUGGAGGCGACGCCCUUCAAGUGGUUCAUGGAGAUGUGUGUGCGGGGAUACCUGGCAGUCAGGCCAUACAUGGAUGCAGUUGUUUCCUUAGUGACGCUGAUGUUGGACACGGGGUUGCCAUGCUUCCGUGGACAGACUAUAAAACUGCUCAAGCAGAGGUUCAACCCCAACAUGAGUGAGAAGGAGGCGGCUGCCUUCAUGAUCAAGGUGAUCCAGAGCUGCUUCCUCAGUAGCAGGAGCAAAACGUACGACAUGAUCCAGUACUACCAGAACCAGAUACCGUACUGAGGCUGCUGGGAAACGCAGCCUGCGCCACGCUGCCUCCGCCCCCGUUUCUUAUACGUUUCUCAGAUCGAAACUGUUACACUAGCAAUGAUGUGCACUUUAUGAAUACUUAAUUGUUUGUGCGAAUAAUGUCUGCAUGUGCGUUCUCAAGAGGACCUGCUUUCCGUGACCUUUCUGGAAAACUCUAACCCAGUGUAUCGGAGGACAUGCGUAGCUCUUAAUUGUACUUGAAAGGUGAGCUUUGGCUCUGGUCUCGUGGCCUUACUGAGGCACCUUUUCUAUGACCAUUGACUGUAAGUGUGCUGUUAAACCAUGAGGAUUCACGUUUUUUUCCCCUCCUCCUUCUUUGUUCUUUCUUAAAACCCUCUUUUUAUCUGAUGGCUUUGACAACCAGUGCUUCAGCUGAUCUGUGUGUGUGUGUGUGUGUGUGUGUGUGUGUGUGUGUGUGUGUGCGUGCGCGCACGAAGUUUGUGUUUUGAUGACAAUAGAGAAAACAUAGUUUUCUAUUUCCCUAUGUUUUAGGGUAAAACUGCUAAUGAAGUGUUAAAGCUGAUCUAUAUAUGGGUAUUAAAUAAAAAGUGU